AUGUCCGAAAUGGAAGUUACUGCUGGAAACACUACUCGUUCUAGUGUAACUACUGCAUCAUCAUCUUCAAUUAGUUGUACAUUUCUUGGUUCAUUAUCAUCUCGUCGUGGUCGUGAUAUUCUCUCGCAAUUAUGUUUACAAAUAGCUCAACAAUCAAAAUUACAACAUCAUUUUGUUGAACGAAAAGAUAUGGAUAAAAUGACACGAAAACUUUUUAAUAAAUCAAUAAAAAAUACAAUGAAUCAUUCACGUUCAAUUAAUUUACAAAAAUCAUCUGAACAAACAAUGCCACUUGAAAUGAAAGUUUUCUUUGUACGUGAUCAACUUGAACGAAUAUCAGAUGAACAGAAAGUUGAUAAUGAUUUAUCAUAUGAAUUGAUUACUAUAUCCGGUCCACAAUUGAUUGAUUUUUUACUUGGUACAUGUGGAGGUUUAUUUCGUACAACAGCUCGAUCAAGUGUUGGUCAUGAAAUUCUUGGUAAUGUUCUUAAACGUCGUCGUCCUGGUAAUAAUGAUUUAUUAUUAUCAACAAAAAUAACAUCAAUACAAUAUCAUCCACCAAUAAAUUAUUAUAAAGUUUGGCGUAUGAUGCAUCGUCGUCGAUUAGGUAAAACUUAUCAACGUACAAAAUAUCAACAACCACGAGCUGGUAUUAUAAUGACUAAACAUCAAAGUCCUAUUGUUUGUUUACGUAUGUAUCGUGGUUUACUUUAUUCAUGUUCAUUAAAUGGACAAGUACGAUUUUAUCAAAUUCAAACACUUAAUGAACAUCCACGUCAUCAAACAAUAUUUACACCAAAUGGUGGUUCACAAACAUUACAAGUUGCACAUUGUAAAAGAUUUAGUGGUACAAUAUUAUGUGUUGCCGGAUUUGAUCAAACUGUAAGAUUAUAUCGUGAUCAUCCAUUACAUGAACCAAAAGGAGAAAUAACAUUAGCUGCACCUGUUCAUUGUACAGCUGUUAAAUUUCAUAUAUUAAUGGUUGGAUUAGGUUCUGGUGAAGUAGCAUUUAUUUCUUUAAAAAAAAUGUGUGUUAUUCAUACAAUUAAAUGUUCACCAUAUGUUGUAUCAGCAGUAGCAGCUACACGUGAUCCAGAUGGUCGUCAUUUAUUGAUUGCAUCAUCUUUUGAUGGUUCUAUUGUUGUUAUUUCUUUACUUAAUGAACAACGACGAUUAACAUUAACAGGUCAUACAAAAUCUCCACGUCAAUUAAUUGUUGAUUCAACUCAUCAUUUCUUAUAUAGUUGUUCAGCAGAUAAAAAAAUUAUUGUGCAUAAUUUUCUUAAUGGUACUAUAAUAUAUGAAUAUAAAGAAUUUGGAAAAGCUGUAACAAAUAUUGCAAUGAAUCAACAACAACAUUUAUUAAUUGCAUCAUCACUUGAUGGUCUUAUUAAAAUAUUUAAUAUACAAACACAUGAACUUAUACAACAAUUAACAACAUCAACAAGUCAAUCGAUUAUUUCAAUGAUUUUUAAAAAUAAUCUUGUCUAUUGUGGAAUGGAAAGUGGUAUAAUUGAAGUUUUACAAUGUGAUAUUAAUCAAGUCUACAGAUGUGAAUAUGCAUCUUGUCGACAACCAUUUUCUCGUCGUGAAGAUGUUUUUAUUCAUGCUCGUCUUUUUCAUGUUCAACAUUCAUCUACGAUUCAACGAUGUCUAUGGAAACAAUGUAUGAAAUGGGUACCUUUAAAAAAAUUUAGUGAUCACUUAAGAGCUCAUACAGAUAAUCUGAUAUUAGAAACAAAACAAGAAUCAUCAGUACCAUCUACACCUACAACACCAACGAAUUCAUAUGGAUUUUCAUCAGAUUCUCUUAUAACAAAUUAUAGUUCAAAAACAGUUAUUAUAUAA